AAUGGACCUUCAUUCUACUAUAUUUUUACCCCAAAUGACGAUAUUCUCCUUCUCAUCCACAUAUAAAUAUACCUCUCCGCUCCCUUCAUUUCAUUCACUUUUCCUCUAAUUCUUCUCUGUAUCUGUCAUAUUCGUUUCUUUCUUCCAAGAUGCAAAUCUUCGUUAAAACCCUAACCGGUAAGACAAUCACCCUUGAGGUUGAGUCGUCUGAUACGAUCGACAACGUCAAGGCCAAGAUCCAGGACAAGGAAGGAAUUCCCCCGGAUCAGCAACGUCUCAUCUUCGCUGGAAAACAACUCGAGGAUGGCCGUACCUUGGCCGACUACAACAUCCAGAAGGAGUCCACCCUCCACCUUGUCCUCCGUCUUCGUGGUGGCAUGCAGAUUUUCGUGAAAACCCUGACGGGCAAGACCAUCACCCUUGAGGUUGAGUCGUCUGACACCAUCGACAACGUAAAGGCCAAGAUCCAGGACAAAGAGGGCAUUCCUCCAGACCAACAGCGUCUUAUCUUCGCUGGAAAGCAACUCGAGGAUGGCCGUACUUUGGCCGACUAUAACAUCCAGAAGGAGUCUACCCUCCACCUGGUCCUCCGUCUUCGUGGUGGUAUGCAAAUUUUCGUUAAGACCCUGACGGGUAAAACCAUCACCCUCGAGGUCGAAUCCUCUGAUACCAUCGAUAACGUGAAGGCAAAGAUCCAGGACAAGGAGGGAAUUCCCCCAGACCAACAAAGACUCAUCUUUGCCGGUAAGCAACUAGAGGACGGCCGUACCCUUGCUGAUUAUAACAUCCAGAAGGAGUCCACCCUCCACCUUGUGUUGCGUCUUCGUGGUGGUAUGCAGAUUUUCGUCAAGACGUUGACCGGAAAGACCAUCACCCUAGAGGUUGAGAGCUCUGACACCAUUGACAACGUCAAGGCUAAGAUCCAGGACAAGGAGGGAAUUCCCCCAGACCAACAAAGACUUAUCUUUGCCGGUAAGCAACUAGAGGACGGUCGUACCCUUGCCGAUUACAACAUCCAGAAGGAGUCCACCCUCCACCUUGUGUUGCGUCUUCGUGGUGGUAUGCAGAUUUUUGUCAAGACGUUGACCGGAAAGACCAUCACCCUAGAGGUUGAGAGCUCUGACACCAUUGAUAACGUCAAGGCUAAGAUCCAAGACAAGGAGGGAAUCCCACCAGACCAGCAGAGGUUGAUCUUCGCUGGGAAGCAGCUUGAAGAUGGAAGGACUCUGGCUGAUUACAACAUUCAGAAGGAGUCAACCUUGCAUUUGGUGCUUCGUCUCAGGGGUGGAAUGCAAAUUUUUGUUAAGACCCUGACUGGAAAGACCAUCACCUUGGAGGUGGAGAGCUCCGACACGAUCGAUAAUGUGAAAGCUAAAAUUCAGGACAAGGAAGGCAUCCCUCCGGACCAGCAGAGGUUGAUCUUCGCUGGGAAGCAGCUUGAAGAUGGGAGGACUCUCGCUGAUUACAACAUUCAGAAGGAGUCCACCCUUCACCUUGUCCUGCGUCUCCGUGGUGGUUUUUAGAUGGUGGUGGAUGUUGUUGGGUGUUGGUGAUUGUCUUUGAAUGAUUUCUGAAUGUUAAUGUGUUGAAGAUUUGGUACUUGGAAACAGCUGGCCUGUAGGCGGCCUAUUAUUGCUGUUGAAUAAAAUUGAUUUCCCGAAAUGUUUGUGUUUUUCUUUAUGUGAAUGUGUACUUAUUUUUCUAAAUGAAAUGAACAUCGCAUUGUAUAUCU